AAGACACGCAGCGAGAAACAAAUUCACUCUACAUCUUCAUCUUCACUUCUUUCCGUCCAUCCCGGUGUGCGCCUGCGUAUUUCACCUUGCUAGAAACAUCCCCGGCCAUUCAAUAUAUAUCCGCGCAUACCAGAAUGGACGCCCCGGAGCCGGAUACCCCUUUCGCCGCUGUGACAGCGCAGACUACGAAAUAUGGACGGAUAUACCAAGCCUACCUCGAUAAAUCCACUCCCUUUACUUCAUACCGGUGGAUAGGCACUGCUGUUCUUUUCCUCAGCUUCGCUUUGCGCAUAUUCUUCGCGCAGGGGUGGUACAUCGUCGCAUACUCGCUCGGCAUCUACCUACUAAAUCUCUUCCUCGCCUUCAUAUCGCCCAAAUUCGACCCCUCUAUCGAACAGGAUGAAGGCAUGGAAGACGGCCACGCGGGCGGGCUCCCUACAAAGGAAGAAGACGAGUUCCGCCCUUUUGUACGUCGGCUGCCAGAGUUCAAGUUCUGGUAUAGCACUACCAAGGCGAUUGCCGUCGGAUUUUUGUGCAGUUGGUUUGAGGUGUUCAAUUUGCCGGUAUUCUGGCCAGUGCUUGUGGUUUAUUGGCUGAUUCUUUUUGGGCUCACGAUGCGACGACAAAUCCAGCAUAUGAUCAAGUAUCGAUAUGUCCCCUUUACCGUCGGAAAGACGCGGUACCCUGGCGCCGCGAAAUAAACGCUCGUUGACCCACACUGUACCCUUCGUCACGGACCGGAUGUCGCACGAAGAAGACCAUUCUGCGCAAGGGACACGGCACCCGAUCAUUUCACUUCCGCUCAAACCUUGACAUUAUCACUUGUAAAGCAUAGGUCCCUUUGCGCUUCAUUUCAACCGCACCACAUCUUCUCCUUUUUGUUGGCGUGGCUUUGCACUAGGGAACGAGGUUGGGAUAGGAUGAAUGGAAUGGCGUAUGACCCUGUACAAGGUAGAAUAUGAUUAUCCUGCGUAAUAACUCUGUGCGAUGCUUGUAAUCGAGUUUGAACCCUCAACUUUCUAAUAUUCUUGCCGCCUAUAACUUGCAAAAGGGGCAACACAAUUUUCUCAGCAUUUCUCAUCAGAAAAGCGUAGUUGUCUAUUCUUCAUCCUUUUGCUCUUCUCCAUGCUCACCAUGGAAGAUCUCAAGCUGUAUCAACGAC